AUGACUCCUACACUUUUGUUGUACUGCUUGGUGCUUCUUUUGCCCACAGAAUCCUGUAAGACAUUAUGCCAGGCCACCAGCAAAAGCAAGGAGAAGGUGUCUGCCAGGCUACACGGUGUGUGUGAUGGUAUCUGUAUGGAUAAUGCCCACUGUAGCCAGUCUUGUCCUCUAGGCACUGAGGGAAAUAUGGAGUAUGCAUGCAGGACAAAGAAAUGGCACAAAAUCACAGAUACCUGCCGAACUCUUAAUGCCUUCAACAUCUUUGAGGAGGAAUCAUAUUCAGUUCAACCAUUUGGAGGAGAUGUAAAUGUAAAUGAAUAUGCUAGAAAAUCUGAGACCAUAGCAGACAAGUUAAUGCAAAAGUGUCCGAUGGAUUUGUCUUGUGUAAUUAAGAACAUUCAGCAGUCUCCCCGGAUACCAGGAAAUAUUGCUGUCAUUGUGCAGCUCUUACACAACAUAUCAACAGUGCUAAUGACAAAUGUUGAUGAGGCAAAGAUGCAGAGUUACAGCACCAUAGCCAACCAUGUUCUUAACAGCCAAAGUAUUUCAAACUGGACCUUCAUUCCUGACAGAAAUAGCAGCUGUGUCUUACUUCAUUCGGUCAACUCCUUUGCAAGAAAACUAUUUGUAAAUAAACAUCUCCUUGACAUAUCAGAUACCUUCAUUCAUACCAUGGGCACCAUCAUAACUGGAGACAACACUGGAAAGAAUUUCACUUUCUCAAUGAGAGUCAAUGAUAUCAGCAACGAAGUCAUUGGGAGUGUGUUGCUCAGUAACGAUGAACUUUGGAAGGUUCCCUCGCCUUCUCAGGUCAUCAGCAUUGCAUUUCCAACUCUAGGAGCCAUCUUGGAAGCCAGUCUUUUGGAAAACGUCGCUGUGAAUGGGCUUGUCCUGUCUGUCAUUUUACCCAAGGAGCUUAAAAGAGUCUCCCUGAUUUUUGAGAAGAUCAUCAAGUCAGAGGAGAGAAAGACACGGUGUGUUGGCUGGCACUCUCUGGAGAGCAGAUGGGAGCAGCAGGCCUGUAAAAUGAUUCAAGAAAACUCCCAGCAAGCUGUUUGCCAAUGUUGGCCAAACAAGUUGUUCACCUCUUUUUCUAUUCUUAUGGCACCCCACACCUUGGAGAACCCAAUUCUGAUGUACAUCACAUACAUAGGCCUGGGCAUUUCGAUUUGCAGCUUGAUCAUUUGCUUGUCCAUUGAAGCCUUGGUCUGGGGUCAAGUGACAAAGACAGAGAUCUCAUAUUUGCGUCACCUGUGCAUUGCUAACAUUGCAGUCACCUUGCUGUUGGCUGAUGUGUGGUUCAUUGUGGCUUCCUUUCUUAGUGGUCCAGUGCUACACCACAAUGGAUGUGUGGCAGCAACAUUUUUUGUUCACUUCUUUUACCUUUCUGUGUUUUUCUGGAUGCUUGCCAAGGCACUCCUCAUCCUCUAUGGCAUUCUGAUUGUUUUCCACACAUUGCCCAAGUCAGUCCUGGUGGCAUCUCUCUUUUCAGUGGGCUACGGGUGUCCUUUGGUCAUUGCUGUUAUCACUGUUGCUGUCACUGAGCCUGGUAAUGGCUACAUACGGAUUGAGGCCUGCUGGCUUAACUGGGACAUGACAAAGGCCCUCUUGGCUUUUGUGGUUCCAGCUCUGGCCAUUGUGGUAGUAAACCUGAUCACAGUCACACUGGUGAUCAUCAAGACCCAGCGAGCUGCCAUUGGCAUCUCCAUGUUCCAGGAAGUGAGAGCCAUUGUGAGAAUCAGUAAGAAUAUAGCCAUCCUUACUCCAAUGCUGGGGCUGACCUGGGGAUUCGGAAUAGCCACUAUCCUUGAUGGCAGCUCCCUGGUCUUCCACAUUAUCUUCUCCCUGCUCAAUGCAUUCCAGGGUUUCUUCAUCUUGGUGUUUGGAACAAUCUUGGACCCAAAGAUAAGAGAAGCCUUAAAGGGUCGAGUAGCGUCUGUCAGAUGGAUCUCCAGAAUAUCAGAGGAAUGGCAGAGCCCAGAGAAGAAUGUGCUUAUUCCUGUCUUCCUGCCCCUGGAGACUGUGAAGGAAGCCUCAAACACUAUGAAGCUGAUGAAAGAGGAGAUGAAGAAUGGAAAGGAUCAAAGACCUUUCUGCCAAGCUGUUCUGUGCUACUAA